CAAUUUGAGUUACGGCUGUUCGAGGCCCGCUUGUUAUUUAGCCAGCUAGCCAACAAUUUAAUUACAAGAAUCUGCUAUCCUAAAGGGAAUCUCGAGGUGGGGGAACUCAAGUUCGGUGGAAAUGGGUACUUCGUUGGAAGCAGAUCGUACACUUUUCGUGGGAAACCUCGACCCACAAGUCACAGAAGAGCUGUUGUUCGAGCUGUUUUUACAGGCUGGCCCACUGACGACUGUGAAAAUCCCGAAGGAUAAUGAUGGAAGGCCAAAACAGUUCGCGUUCAUCAAUUUCAAGCAUGAAGUUUCUGCGCCUUAUGGCAUGAGCUUGCUGAACGGAACAAAAAUGUUUGGGAGACCAUUGAAAAUUCAAUUCAGAUCAGGCAGCAGCCAUGCAAACCAAGAGGGAAAAGGAAGCCCGCAGAUGAGCCCAUCACACACACCUGGAAGGUUUGAUGGGAUGGGAUCUCCAAUGUUCAAUACGCCUCCUCAGCAAAUGCAGAGGUCUUUCUCAUCACCUGAUUCCCUACAGAGACAAGCACUGAUGAACAACAUGUUCCAGAUGCAGAUGCAGCAGAUCCAGCAGCUGAACGGGGCCUUGUCCAUGGGCUUCCCCCCGCCCUUCGCAGCCGGAGCCCCGGGCACAGGCGGAGGACCUCCAGGAGGGGGUGGUAACGGAGCGCCAGGCCUGCUGGGCAGCCCCUGGCUACAGCAGGAGAACCAGAGCCAGGCUCCACGCGGACACCGUGGACACUCCCAAGACCAGGAGUCCAGAGGAGGAGGAGGUGGUGGAGGAGCUGGAGGUGGUCAUUAUGGACACUCCCACGACCAGGAGUCCAGAGGAGGUGGUGGAGGUGGUUAUGGACACUCUCACGACCAGGAGUCCAGAGGAGGAGGAGGAGGAGGUGGUCAUUAUGGCCGGGAUCAGCGUUACAAUGACGGAGGUCCCGAUCGACAUCGACGGGAACACGGCCAGCGCGGCAACGACUUCUAUCACCACGACGAUCGAAGUGGUGGUGGUGGCAGCGGCGGUGGAGGCCGUGUCCGUGACUAUCCCCCGGACAGACGGAGGGACUCACGAGAUGGGUCUAGAGACGGCCGUUACAGAAGAUACUGAGGAGAGGACUGUUUUUAGCACACAAAAAAAAGGAAAAUGAUGAAGUGGAAAUGUGAUUUUUAAAUGUUUUUAACUUUGGAUACAUCACUUUGUUAUUGAUGAUGAUAAAAAAAAAUCAGAAGCCAUGGUUGGAAGAGUUUGUAUACUCUGCUUUUGGACUGUUCACAUUUAUAAGUCAAGCAAAUUUGUAUAUAACAUAACCUACAAGAUUUUAAUGUUAUGGAAAUGAAAGACAUUUUUAAUCCUUUUUAAUGAUAAAAAAAAAGAACGUACUCGAUGACUGUACAGAACGGCUUUGAUAUUUUUUUUGUUUCUUUUAUACUUUUGUAUCAUGAUUAGGGGAAAAACCCCACAUGGAAAACGGGAAGCUUACUCAGAUUUAUUCAUUAUUUUUAAUCUGUUUAUCACUUCAAAGAGGACCGUAAGACGCAAGUCAUUUUUAGAGGGCUUUUGAUUGCACUGCCAUUGUAUUUGUAAUCCAUAAAUCAGACGAUGGAUCAGUUUUUAAAUAAAAACAAAGCCACUGUA